UCUGGUGUCCGGUUAACCUGAACUUUGAUCUCAAUCGGAAGAUCAUUUUAAGUAGGCCUAUAUAUUGCGAUUCAACAAUUAUCUUCUAUUUCAUUCCAAGUUCUUGAUCUAGAAGGUACCAGUCCUGCGGUUAAAAAGACUAGUACCAACCAUGGCAUUUUGGAAUGUUGGUCCAGUGGCAGUUCUGAUAUUAACAGUGAUCAUCAUUUCGUUUGGAUACAAAUGCCUACACUGGAUGAUAGCAGCAUGGGGAGAACUGAAGAGGAUUAUGCAUAUUCGACGCACUCUUCCAGGCCCCAAACCUCACUGGUUGUUCGGCAAUGUCCUGCAAGAACCUGGACCACUAACUCCUGGAUUUGAGUGGCAUCGUAACAUGGCUAAGAACUAUCCAAGACUCCAUGUCUUCUGGGUAGCUUGGAAACCUUUGGUUAUACCUACUCACCCAGACACAGUGAGGAAUAUAUGCAAUGAUAAAGUUGGCACGGUCAAGAGUCCUCUGUAUGGUCUAUUUGAAGAAUGGUUGGGUAAUCCUAUGGCUACUUCAGAUGGUGACCUGUGGAAGAGGCACAGAAGGCUCAUAACAAACACUUUCCAUUUCAACGCUCUCAAGAACUACAUCCCCAAGAUAAAUAAGGUUGCAGACACCUUGAUUUCCGUUAUUUCACAACGGAGCGAGAAAGAAGAGUCCCUAGAACUUCAUAAAACUACGAGUGCUUUUGCCAGCGAUGUCAUCCUACAAUGUGCCUUUUCCUUCGAAUCUGAUUGUCAGGAACGUGAAUCGGAAUACGCAAAAGCUGUUGCUACUCUAACAGAUGUUGUCACGAAGAGGACAAUGAAUCCUCUUCUUCUAUACGAGUUUUUCUUCCGACGGUCUUCAAUAUACAAGGUUUGGAGAGAGAAAAUCAACAUCCUACACACACUCCAGGAAAAACUCAUAUCAGCUCGUAGGGAACAACACCAAAAUACUGGGUGUACGGAAUUUAAGAAAGGAAUGGACUUCUUGGACACGCUCCUGUUAGCAAGUGAUGCACGCGGUGGUCUAACUGAUAAAGAAAUGAGAGAUGAGAUUAAUAGUUUCAUCUUUGGUGGGGUUGAUACGACGUCAAGCGCCCUCACUUGGCUGAUAUACUUGUUGGCUACUCAUCCAGAAUACCAGACCAUGGUUCAGGAGGAAGUUGAUGAACUCUUCAAGGAUCGUGAGAUUCCUGAAAUUCGCAGUGAAGAUCUUCAUGGUACUCCUUUUCUGGUGAAAUGCAUCAAGGAAAGUCAGCGUAUGUACUCGUUCGUAUCGCCAGGCCGCCUCUUAACCGAGCCGUUGGUUGUCGAUGGUCUAACCGUACCGGCUGGGACCGAGAUUGUUAUUUACACGUACCAACUCCAUCACAAUCCUGAUGUGUGGGGAGAUGACCACAUGUCAUUCAAACCAAGCCGCUUCGAUCGCGAGAACGUCGAGGGUCGAGAUCCCUUCGCCUUUCUUCCUUUCUCCGCUGGAGCGCGCAACUGCAUUGCGCAGCAGUUCGCGCUUCAGGAGAUUCAAAUAGCCGCGAUUCGAAUUUUCGACAAGUUUGACUUUUCUUUGGUACGAGACUCCACACCAGUCUUCAGAGUAGUCAGUGCGCCACAGGAUGAAAUACUUCUUGGUAUUCAUCCUCGGAAUAAAAACUAAAGUUGACUAUAUGGAUCCAUCAAUCUCCAAUUAAGUUACGGUCUAUGUAUCUUUUAGCUCGAUAUAUUAUAUGGUACAACAAAUUGCGUUUGAUCAAAGGACUUACGCUGUAGUUGGAAUCUAACUAAAUUUCUUCCAACCUAUCAAUAGACCCGUAGCUAUAUGUUUUAUAUACAUUUUACCCCAAAUAAUCAUUUAUCUUUAUAGCUGGCCAUUUUCAAACAUGGAGCGGCAGCUCACUUCCAUGUUGCCGUAUGCCCACCCUCCUUCAAAUACAUGUAGAACCAAAACUUAGGUAUCACAUUUUUAUGAAACACAUUGACUUAGGCUGAGUUCAUUCCAAUACGUUAUUCUUUAAUUGGAGUUUGUAACAAUCAAAACAAAGCAAUAGGCCAUUAGGAAUGGCCUACCAAAAUGAAUAAAAACUGAUCAAAAACUU